AAUUAUUGUAACAUGAUGGAACAUUAUAAAGGGAUAAUGCUUUGUAAUAGGCCAUAAGCAUCUAUUAAUUUAGAUUAUCAUAAGUAAAUUAAAUUCAACAUAUUUAUAGACCUUUUGUAUCAAGAGUAACACAUGCUGAACCUCUCGGUUACAAUCCAGUUAAACAACUGUAAAUUCAUUAGCCAAUUAAAUGUAUGUAGCUUAUUUCAUAAAUCAAGAAAUAAAACCAAUACUGAGUCAACAUAAAGAAUGGCUUUAAAAUUUCCAAAAACAUGCUAAAGAGAAAAAAACAGCAUUACAUUAUUCUUAAGUUCAAUCUCGUUUACAUCCUGAUAGGUAUCAAUCAAAUAGUGACAAUUAAAAUUAAUAGAAUGAUACGAAAAUUCAAUAAACAUCGUUACAUCAGAAUUAAUCAACAAAAGUUGAAGAAAUAUAAUAAGAAUAAUUAAAUCAAUAAACAAAUAAAAAUGAAUUAGGAGAUGAAAUAAUUGAUGAUUAAGAAUUGAAUGAAUUAUUAGAUUUUACUAAGAACCUAGAUUUUGAAUAAUAUAUAAAUGAUUUAGAAGUAUUAAUACUACUCAAAGUAGGUCAAAACAGUAGUAGAAGCUUUAAAAAAGAGAAUAGAAGAAAUACGAAUAGAGAAUCCAUAAUUAUCAUAAAAGGAAGCAACAAAGAAAGCUUUAAAAUAGAAUAAUAACAAUCCAGCACAAAAACAAAUCAAAAAACAUGUUACUAUAUAAGAAGAAGAAUAGGUAAAAUAAAAAAUUAAUAAUUUUAGCUUUAAAAAAAUCUAGAAAAAAAAGAAACAAAUUUGGAAAGUGUAGCUAAAAAAAUAGCAGAAGAAAUUCUUCAAAAAAAUAAAUACUUAAGAAAUAUUCAUUCAAAUAUUUCAAUGUAGAAAUUAGUAGAAACAGAAGCUCGUAGAUUUCUUUAGAAAGAAUGAAUAAAAC